GUCAAGAGAUAAGCAGAAGUGUGUGUGUAUUAAUGUCACAUGGCAGGAGGCUUUCCCCCAGAGCAGUUUGCCUGUCCAGGGACCUGUUUCAUUUUGUGUCUGAAUUGAGUUGUACUUUGGAAAAUGCCGAGUUUCCUGCCUACUGCUUCAUGAUGGAUUAUACAGUGAGCAUGUUUUUGAACACAUUAACACCCAAGUUCUAUGUGGCCCUGACAGGCACUUCCUCACUAAUAUCAGGGCUUAUUUUGAUAUUUGAAUGGUGGUAUUUUCGCAAGUAUGGAACAUCAUUCAUUGAACAAGUCUCAGUAAGCCACUUGCGCCCCCUUCUGGGAGGGGUUGACAACAACUCCUCCAACAAUUCUAACUCCAGUAAUGGAGACUCAGAUUCCAACAGGCAAAGUGUCUCAGAAUGCAAAGUAUGGCGAAAUCCGCUAAAUUUGUUUAGGGGCGCUGAAUAUAAUCGGUACACUUGGGUGACAGGACGAGAGCCUCUGACUUACUAUGACAUGAAUCUCUCUGCCCAGGACCACCAGACAUUCUUUACUUGUGACUCCGACCAUCUGCGUCCUGCAGAUGCAAUAAUGCAGAAAGCCUGGCGAGAGAGAAACCCCCAGGCUAGGAUUUCUGCAGCUCAUGAAGCCUUGGAGAUAAAUGAGUGUGCAACUGCUUAUAUUCUCUUGGCUGAAGAGGAAGCAACAACCAUUGCUGAAGCAGAAAAGCUCUUUAAGCAGGCCCUGAAGGCUGGAGAUGGCUGUUACCGGCGUUCUCAGCAGCUGCAGCACCACGGAUCCCAGUAUGAAGCCCAACAUAGACGAGACACCAAUGUUUUGGUCUACAUCAAAAGAAGGCUAGCGAUGUGUGCCAGAAGACUUGGGAGGACCAGGGAAGCAGUGAAAAUGAUGAGAGAUUUAAUGAAGGAGUUCCCACUCCUGAGCAUGUUCAACAUCCAUGAAAACCUUUUAGAAGCCCUCCUGGAACUGCAAGCAUAUGCUGAUGUCCAGGCAGUCUUAGCAAAGUACGAUGAUAUAAGCUUACCAAAGUCGGCAACAAUAUGCUACACAGCUGCCUUGCUCAAAGCAAGAGCUGUCUCUGACAAAUUCUCUCCCGAGGCUGCAUCUCGGCGGGGGCUGAGCACAGCAGAGAUGAACGCGGUAGAGGCCAUUCAUAGAGCUGUGGAAUUCAAUCCUCAUGUGCCAAAAUACCUACUAGAAAUGAAAAGCUUAAUCCUACCCCCAGAACAUAUCCUGAAGAGAGGAGACAGUGAAGCAAUAGCAUAUGCGUUCUUUCAUCUCGCGCACUGGAAGAGGGUGGAAGGGGCUUUGAAUCUUUUGCAUUGUACGUGGGAAGGCACUUUUCGGAUGAUCCCUUAUCCCUUGGAAAAGGGGCACCUAUUUUACCCCUACCCAAUCUGUACAGAAACAGCAGACAGAGAACUGCUUCCAUCUUUCCAUGAAGUCUCAGUUUACCCAAAGAAGGAGCUUCCCUUCUUUAUUCUCUUUACUGCUGGAUUAUGUUCCUUCACAGCCAUGCUGGCCCUCCUGACACAUCAGUUCCCAGAACUCAUGGGGGUCUUCGCAAAAGCUAUGAUUGACAUUUUCUGCUCGGCAGAGUUCAGGGACUGGAAUUGCAAGAGUAUUUUCAUGCGUGUUGAAGAUGAACUGGACAUUCCACCGGCACCUCAGUCUCAACAUUUUCAAAACUGAACUCAUCACUCUUCUUCUCCCACCACCAAAACUGCUCCUCCUCCUGUAUUCCCGACCUCCACCAGUAAUAGCCCUGCCAUCCACCCAGUUACUCAAGCCAGAACUCGGCAGCCAUCCCAGACUCUUCCCCAUCUCACUCCCCACAUCCGAUCUGUGUCGGCUUCCACAGUCUGUCAGUUCUAACCUCCUCUAGACAUUCAGUCAAUGUGACUCAGCUCUCCUUCCCUUCCUUUCUCUCCCCAUGGCUUGUCUCUUAGUUUAGGGCCUCAUUAUUCCUUGCCUGGACUCCUACAAUAGUCUUAACUGGUCUCCUUGCUUCCAGUCUUAUCCUCUGCUGGACUGUCUUUCCUACUGACUCAAGAAUGAUCUUUCUAAAUUGCAAAUCUGAGCGUGUCACAUCCCUGCUUGAAUUUCUCCAGUGGUUUCCCACUAACUUCAGGAUAACGUUUCAGCUCUUUAGCAUGGCAUACAAGGCCCUUUAUGAUCUGGCCCUUGCUUGGCUCUUCAGCCUCAUCUCUCCCAACUCUUGCACAGACAUUACUCUUGGGCCAUAGUGAAUUACUUUCCACUCCCCAGAUUCACCUCAGUGCCUUUGCAUGUGCUGUUUGCUCCGCGUGGAUGCCCUUCACCAUCACCACCCCCACUUGUCCACCCUACUAAUGCCUCUUCAUUCUUUUACACUCAGCUUUCUUUAAGUUUCUUCCACGCUGAGUUAUGUGUCUCUUCUCUAUGAUCCCACAGUAUUCCAUGAAUACCUAUACUGUCACCUUUAUUGUAUUGUAUUAUAAUAUAAUUGUUGAAAACUUGUCUGUCCCUCCUUUAGAAUGUGAGCUCCUUGAGGGCAGGACUGUGACUUCCUCAUCUCUGUACCCCCGAAGCUUUGCUUAGUGCUUUGCAAAUAGUAGGUGUUCAAUAAAUGAUUAUUAAAUAAAUAAAUGGUAGUGGUUUCUGCAGAAAGAAUCAAUGUAAAACUCAGGUACAGCUUAGCAUUUCUUCUUUUUAUUUAUAAUCAUUGAUGCUCAGAGCUGAAAGGGAUCUUGAACAAAUUGCCUUCAAUAGUAUCCCUGAUGGAGACCAUCUAGACUCUUCUUGAAUAUUUUCAGUGACAGUGAACUCACCUCUUUAACAUCAAAACCCACUCUAUUAUUGGAACCCUCAGAACUCUUUCUAAUACUGAUAGAAUAUGGCUCCCUUUAAUUUCCUGUUGUUCCUGUUCUACUCCCUGAAACUGCACUAACAAGUCUACUUCUUCCUGCACAUUCUUAAGACAGCUAAUACGUUCAUGACCACCUCUAUUGUCUAACUGACUACCUUCUUCUCUUUUCUCCAGGCAGAAUAUCUUAAAUUCCCUUAAAUCUUCUGUACAUGACUUGAUUUCUAAACACAGCACCACCCAAGUUGCCUCCGUGGAUGUCCUCCAGUUAGUGGACCUACGCUAUUGAUUAUUGUCUUCUACUCCCAACCCAACCUCUGAGUAAUAAGUCCUUGCCCAAACUCAGAGUAGAUUAGAGUGCAACCUAGUAAAAUUGAAAAUAAGAAUAUAUUUAUAUUAAACUAUUGUUGUUUCUCCUUUUUAUGUUCCUCCUUUAACAU